AUGGACCCAACCUCCCCCCACUCCCCCCACCGACCCUCCCCCUUCUUCCCCCGUUCCCCCCGCCCGAACCUCACCACCCGCCGCUCCCACAUCUCCCCCUCCUUCGCAGCCAAACUCUCCCAAAUGUCCCUCCAGCUCGCCCCCCUGGUCCAGCUCACCACCGGCCUCGUCCACCCCUCCUUCCCCUCCACCCUCCUCAACUUCUGGCUCUUGACCGAAGCUCAACUCGACGAGCUCGCCCACUUUUACCACCAACGCACCCCCUCCGUCUACACCUCCCAGUACCCCUGCCCCGUCUACUGGCCCUCCGAGGGCAUGACCAUCGAAGACAAGAAGCGGAAGCUCGGACGGUUCAUCGGCCUCCGCGGGUGUGACAGUCCCGUCGUGAACGGGCAGGUGCAAGAGAUGAUGGGGUGGAGCGAGGAGCGGAUCAGGGAGGAGAUUAGGAGGCGGGUGGACAGAGAAAGAGAGGAGGAGGAGGCUAGGGGGAAGAUGGGUGGUUGGAGGAGGUUUUGA